AUGCUUUCGCUCCGGAUGCUCAGCCGGGCACUGCCCAAAAACGUCCUGCGCCAGCCAGCAGUUCGCUCCGUGUCGUCCAUCACGAGAUUCGCAGCUCGUCGGCCGCAAUGGCAAGCAGCGAUGAAGCCAUCAUAUCCCGCAUUCUCAACCUCUGUGGCCCGAAGAGAGCCCGCUGGCCAAUCGGACGAGGCCCUCGUUGCGAAGCUGAACAAUGAACGAAUGCUCGAACUUCAGUCGCAAAGCGAUGACAGACUAGCCGCGAUCAACGAAUUCCUCGAGAACAGCCCCUUCAAGGUCCACGACAAACCUGGCUCACAUGAAAUUGUCUUGACCCGAGAUUUCGGCAAUGAGAAGAUCAAGAUCCAAUUGAGCGUCUCCGACCUCUCCGAGUACCCAGCUGAAGACGAAUUCGAUGCCCUGGAUGAAGACGGCGCUCUCUCCGAUGAACCGGACUUCGAGGUGCGAAAGAGAGGCAUCAAUCAACCUGGUGCAAGAGGAGGGAAGGUCGAUGUUAUGCCGGAGGAUAGCAUUGCACCGGCCGACAGAGCUGAAGGGGGAGAAGAAGCCGACGACGUGGCUAAUACCACGCCCGCCUACCCUGCCCACAUGACCAUCACAAUCACGAAGCCCGGCAACAAGGCCAUCGAGAUUCGAGCUGUUGCCCAGGACGGCACCAUCGAGAUCGAAAACGUUUGCUUCUUCCCCAAGGACUCACUCCUCGAAGCGCAGAAUACCAAGGACGCUUCAGAAGCCCGCAGCCUAUAUGCUGGUCCGCCUGUCGAGGAUCUGGACCCCGAACUUCAGCAGAUGCUCCACCAGUAUCUGGAAGAGAGGGGGAUUGACGAGGAGCUGGCUAGCUUUCUUCCAGAGUACCUCGACUACAAGGAGCAGAAAGAAUACGUCAAGUGGCUCGAAGAUCUCGAGAACUUUGUCAAAGAGUGA